UGGGAGGUUUCUAAGGUGACCCUGACAGUCAACAAACAUGGCUGCAGGGAGCUCUCACCAACACGAGCGAUGCUGCUCCCACAUCCCAACGUUCUCAGCCCGACAUCCCAUGAUCCCCAGACUGUAUGUGAUGCCAUGGAAACAGGACAUGAAGAACCAGAGGCUCCUGGUGAAGAACGCAGCUCUGGCUGGGAUCCCUGUGGUUCCUCUUGAGGAGUCUUUGUGUUUUUGUGGUCGGGAGCGUCUCUGCCACGGUCAGGACUCCACCUCUUCAUCCUCCUCCUCCUCCUCCUCCUCCCCUGCUCCUCUCAGUCAGACGGGACUGACAGCUCAUCACUCCUCCCACUUCUCCAGGUACAACAGCUCUGUGGUGACGACCAGGCGGCUCUACCAAACCUGAAGACGGAUCACACAAAUACUAAUAAACCUUCUUUACACUCUGAAAAA